UAAACGGGAGAAAAAUUAAAAUGAUUACGAAAAAAAUACAGUUGGACUGAGCCGCUGCAUCCUGACUCCGCUCUGCUGUGUUUUCUUCUAUUGAAGCCCGCUGUGCAGGUGUGUUUGUUCGGGAGGAGAACAUAGUGAUGGGCAGUUGUUGUCGCUAUUUUUACUUCUUUGAAAAAGAUCCUUAUACACCGACAUGCCACCAUCGAUUAUGUUGGAGAACUGCAAUGAACGGCUCAUCAAAGGGUCCCAUUCUUAAGCUACUCGCCGAAGUUCAGUCGCCAUGCUCACCAUGGUUGCUAAGCGACCAAGUGUUACGCUUAGCACAGGUAGAGAAGAAGCGGAGUGACUUUUUAGCCAAUCAGAAUUCAGAACACAAUGCACGAUGCAAAUCCGUGAAGAAGCGAAACGUAAAAACCGCUAAACGUGAAAAGUAAACCACGUUAUAGCGAGGGAUCACUGUAAAUGUGUCUAUUUUUCUCUGAAUUCCCUAACAUUGCAUUUCUUUGCUGCAGGAGCACAGCAAGAUGUCUUGGAAAUGCUGUCAAAUCUCUUAUUUUUUACCUCUGGGACGUUUACUCUUCAUCCACUCCUUCAGGCACAGAUGUUCUGACUCUGCUGUCUAUAUGUUCAGCAUGUGCCAUUGUUACUGGGGGCCUGCUUUAUCACUGGCUGUGUAAUACGCUAAAAUACAGCUUUAAAGCAUCUGUUCAGAUCUCCUGCUGCUACAGCCUGGCCCUGCUCCUCAUGUCCUUCUUGUGCCACCCACUGCGAUGUAUGCUGACAAUGAUGCUGCCCAUUGUCUCCUCCAAUCAGGGGCGCAAACUUCUCAUCUCAGCCUCCAUUUUGAUUUUAAUGUUAAACGUCAUCCCUAACAUCGCAGUCAACAUCGGAGCAGUGGCUCGCAUCCUGAAGUGCACAGCUGAAGGAUUUGCAAAGACUCUGUUGAACUCUUCUGAACUCUUCAACAAAGCAAAGCAAGACCUUGUCGAUGAAACCAUCAAGGUAGAGUGGGAGGACCUAAAUAUAGUCAACAACCUAAAGACUUUAAAUAAUUUCACACAUGUGGAUGUGUCCCUGGUUAAAUCCAAGUUUGCAAAGGUGGUCGGUGAGAUUGAGGAAAAGUUCUCGGGAGCUCGGGACCUGAUCGGAGAGUACAAACUGCUGUCAAACCGGAUCCUUGCUGCUAUCUUUGUAGCUUUACUGAUUCUGGAAUCUGCACGAUAUUUAAAGUCCUAUCUGACAUCGGUUCAGUUUGAUAAUGGUUACAUUUCCAAGGAACUGCUGCAAAACGAACCCUGUGAGACCAAAAGGUCAAUUAGAGACAAAACCAAACUCGGAAGCUGCUUGAUGACAAACCAAGAAUGUACUUCUUCCUUUUUGUCCCUGAUUGUGGUAACAUUAUACUUCACUGCAAUCGCUUUAAUCGUAGUUUUAGACUAUGUUGUGUAUUAUAUAGUUCAGCUGGUUAUGCCAUGGGUGGUGGAUUUCCCACCAACAGCUGCUAGUAUAAGUCUCAACUACAAGGUCGAGUUGUUCGUUCCUGUUUUAUGCCUCAUCCCGAGUUCAUGCGUCACACAGACGCUGACCAACUUCCACAGAGAUUACAGAUGGGACUUCAACCCAGAGCCAUCUAACUGUGCCGUGACAACUUCAGCCCCGAACGGAGGAGUCACGUUCCUGCUGGGAUGCCUCUGGCUCAUGAGCUACUUCAUGGUGUUCCUGGAGGUUUACGCCAAGCGGCUCUGCAGAAAAAUAUGUGCCUCCUUUUACAGAGAGCAGGAGGAGAGGAGAAUGACAUACCUGAGGAGAAAAUUACAAAAGAAGAUGGUAGAAAAGGGAGAUGAUAAUAAAGGAAACAAUCAGCCUUUGCAUUGAAUUUAGAUGAAUAAUAAUAACUUUGAAAGAUCACCAGCAGGGUUGGACUGAAUAAUUUAGCUGUUAUUACGUUUGACUAUUUCUUUUCAGAAUGUCGCCAAAUUAGGUGGUUUUAUUUCACAUAUCCAUCAUGACUAUUGAGCUUGUUUAGUGUGAGUGAUCAGCUUGAAGAGACUGAAAUCCAAAUUUGAAUUUAGGAAUAAAACUAAACAUGUUCUGGCUGAUUUUGUUAAAACUUGCUAAACAAGUGUUUCAUGGAUUUUCUUCCAAACCAGCAGUAUAAUGCAAGCAUACCGUCACUAGUGCAGCACAUGGCUGUCACCUCAGGGUGACACAUUUUAGUGCUUCUUUUGUGUUUUUUAGAUGUGAUACUGGAAACUGAACAUCCUGUUUGUGAAAUACUGCAGCAACACCUUUUCUUUCGCAAGUACAUCAGCUUUGAAAAAGCUGGCGCUCUUAGUUUUGUGGUUUUUUUGCAGGUUAGACAGAAACACGCAGACAGUUGCAUUUUUCCCUCCCAAGAGUCACAAAACUCUGCUUGUUGCUUUUUUUUUAAUCCAACACAAACUGUGUAUGUAGGUUUCCUCCUGGUCUAACUGAAGCUGUUUUUUCUUGUUUCUUGUUUCCUCUUUCCAUUUUUUAACCUAUCAGAUCCACUAGAUGCCACUAUUUUUCUUUGAACAAAACACAGCACAACAGCUCUUGACAGAAAAUAAGCAAUAAUAUAUUUAUUCUUUCACUCAAUGGUCCUAACAUGAAUCUGUUUUUCCAUUUACUUAUUCAAAUGUAUAUUUUUAACCAGUAACCAUGAAAAAUGUUAUAAAUAACAAGAAAAAAGUUUUUUUUUGUUUUUUUUUUGCAAAGAACAAUCUCCUUACAUGUCAAACUCUUCCUUCCCAUGAGGCUCUGGGGUUAUUUUGAGAAUUCAUUCAAGAACUAUUUAUAGGUUGUUUAUUUUUUACUUUCAUUUGUGUUUCAUGAUUCUUGUGUUUCAUGACUCUCUUCUUGGAACAAUCACAUCACAGCAUUAAACAUUGCAGUAUAUAAAA